GUUGCGUGUUGUAAACAAUGGCCUCUCCGCUAGAGUAUUUUGUUAAUUUUGUCCGCACACAGAGUACUGCAGCCAACUAUCGCGAACUUUUGGUGUAUUUAAUCGAUUCGGUUGAGCUGGUGAUGAAAAAUGGCAACAUCCUGGACAAUGUGAUGGAAACGUUAGAUAUUCAGCAGCACUCGUUGGGAUACCUGUUUGUGCUAUCGGCAAAGUUUAACGAUUCGAGUGUAAGUUUGGAUGUUGGCGUUUGGCAGAGCUUCCGACUUAUGAAUCCUCAUUUAAUCUUCUCCCCUCAGAAUGUCGACGAUACAGAGAACGUGUUACGCAGUAUGCGGGAAUUCAUCACCUCCUGCGACGCGGAACAAGUGCGAUUCGCACCACAAGUUUAUUUCGAACUCUGCCACCACCUGACGACGGCGCUGGUAAAAAACAAACAACACAUCAUCCAGGGUAUACACGUGCUGGUGCAGGCGCUGGAGAAGAUACGGCUGCACAACAACCAGCUAACACCAAUCCACGCCGAUCUAUGUCAGCUGUGCCUGUGCGCGAAGGUGUUCAACCCCGCGAUACGUCUGCUGGACUGCGACAUUGCGACGAUCGCCACCACCGACGACAACUACGCGGACACGAAGUACUUCCUUCUGUACUACUACUACGGUGGGAUGAUUUACACGGCGGUGAAGAACUACGAACGGGCGCUGUACUUUUUCGAGGUGGCCGUCUCGACGCCCGCCCUAGCGAUGUCGCACAUUAUGCUCGAAUCGUACAAGAAGUACAUCCUGGUGUCGCUCAUCCUGCACGGCAAGGUGCUACCCAUACCGAAGUACUCGUCGCAGGUGAUUACGCGGUUUAUGAAGCCGCUCAGCCACGCGUAUCAUGAUUUGUCCAGCGCGUACAACACUUCGUCCCCGGAUGAGGUGCGAAAUGUGGUGAACAAGUUUCGGGAUACGUUCCAGCGGGACACAAACAUGGGCUUGGUUAAGCAGGUCGUCUCAUCGCUGUACAAGAAGAACAUCCAGCGGUUGACGAAAACGUUCCUGACACUGUCGCUGGCCGAUGUGGCUAGUCGGGUGCAGCUGAGCGGACCGGCCGAAGCGGAGAAAUAUAUUCUCAAUAUGAUCAAAUCUGGUGAGAUAUUUGCCACGAUCAAUCAAAAGGACGGCAUGGUCGUGUUUAAGGAUGAUCCACAGGAGUACAACGACCAGGAUGUGUUCGAAAUGGUGCAGCAACAAAUAGGCUUAGUGAUGGGGCUGAACAAACAAAUUCUUAAGAUGGACGAGGAGAUCAUGCUCAACCCAGUGUUUGUUAAAAAAUCGUUUGGCAACCAGGAAGACGAUGGGAUUGGUUGCAAUUCGAAGGUUUAUAGUAGUGAUCCAACGGAAUAGAUUGUUGAUUAUGUAAAAAAAAACACAAACGAAAAGAAACAAAAAAACAAAAUAAAUUCCGACAUACCGAAA